AUGGCUGGCCCAUCUGCGGGACCUUCGCCCAUGCUAGAGCCCCGUGCUCCCACGAACCCGACAGAAGACGAGGAUGCCUCCGCUCCACCAUCGCCCUACACAGCCAACCGUCUGAUACUCAGAAACCUCACCAUGCCACCCGUGCCGAACUUCGACAUUCCACCAUCGCCUCCGGGCUCUCCGCCACCAGACACAACGAACAAGUUUGCGAGAUUUCUCGAUUUGAAGAAGAAAGGAACACAUUUCAAUCAACGACUGUACCACUCGUCGGCAUUGCGCAAUCCUGGUCUUUUGCCAAAGUUACUCGACUUUGCUGGCAUCAGUCAGGAGGAUCAAUACGCCACUCCAUGGUCACAGGGAGCGGUUGCGACGAAAUUUCCCGAUUGGGCGUAUGGCGACAAGUUGGUUGCUGCGCAUGAGAAGAUUGCAAAGAAGAAGGAACAGGACAAGGCCAGGACCCCAAGAGAAGCAGUGGACUUUGUGCCGGCAAGACAGGAAGCAGCGGGUGCUUCGACAUCGGGAAGAGUGGAGAGGAGAACACAAGGCAGAAGAGGGCUAGGCUUCGACAACGAGAGAAGGCGAUCUCGUUCGCCCAGAUGA